AUGCCUCAAGAUACCCAGAAGCCCAAAUGGAAUACAGAAAUGUCAGCUGAUGCAUUGGAUAACCUUGAAAGAGAAGAGUUUUUAAAUUGGAGACGAUCAUUAGCUUUGCUAGAAGAGAAAGAUGGCAUAGUUCUUACCCCUUUUGAACGGAAUUUAGAAUUUUGGCGUCAAUUGUGGCGAGUCGUAGAACGCAGUGACAUAGUUGUACAGGUGGUCGAUGCCCGCCAACCACUUUUAUAUUAUUGUGAAGAUUUGGAAACGUAUAUCCAUGAAGUGGAUCCCAGCAAAACUUCUGUGGUUCUUGUUAAUAAGUCUGAUUUUCUUACGGGCCAACAACGAUUUGCUUGGGCACAAUAUUUCAAAACUUCUGGCAUUAACGCUAUAUUUUGGUCAGCUGCUCUAGCUAGUGAACAGAUACUGGAAAGAAAUUGUACUGGUGCUCCUAAUCUUAGUUGUGAAUCAGAGAAAAUAUCUGAUGAAAACUGUCAAAAUUCUUUUGGCAAUUCUGUAGAGGAUUCGGCAGAAUCAGACGCUGAUAGUGACGCUAGUACGGUUACGUUGUCUGGAGAGAUCAAGAAACAGAAUGUUGGUGCUAUUGACUACUCUUCACAGCCAUCUACUAAACUAGAUUGUAACGAAUGUAACGUUUUCAGUAGUGUAACUGAUGCAGAAGCAUUCACCCAACCCAUUCCGGAAGUUGUAUCGAGUUCUACAGAUUCAGAUGCUAAUGUUGAGGCGUGUGCCAAAACUCAUGACGAAGUUAACUCAGACAUUCUGGGGGUCGAAGAGUUAUUGGAUUUGCUAACGCGGAAGUUUAGUCCACCAAGUGAUCAGUCGAGACAUGCCUUAACAAUUGGCUUUAUCGGUUAUCCGAAUGUUGGAAAAUCCAGUACACUUAACGCAAUAUUAGGUCACAAGAAAGUUUCGGUGUCAGUAACACCCGGCAAAACCAAACAUUUUCAGACGAUAUAUGUUCGAUCAGACUUAAUGCUCUGUGAUUGUCCAGGAUUGGUGAUGCCUUCUUUUGCCUAUUCUAAAGCAGAUUUAAUUGUGGCGGGUAUCUUAUCCAUAGAUGAGAUGCGUGAUUAUUUGGCGCCCAUUGGGCUAGUCUGUGAAAGAAUUCCACGUGAUAUUUUGGAGAUAAUGUAUGGUAUCAACCUUCCUAAAUCCCAAAAUUUACAGUUAGAGGAUGGUUCAAGUUGUACCUUGACACCGCAUGAAUUAUUAGCUGCUCAUGCAUUUAUGCAUGGCUUCAUGACGGCUAAAGGAAAUCCAAAUUAUGAUCGUUCAGCGAGAAUUAUUUUGAAAGAUUUUGUAAAGGGCAAAUUACUAUACUGUCAUCCUCCUCCAAAUGUCACUGAUCCUGUCGCUUUCCAGUCACUUGGCAGAGAUGAUGGUUUACCCUGUGGGGUGGGACAUUUUCCAGAUCAAUCCAAAGCUGAAAGAUUUAUCAAACGACUGAGAGAAAAGAAUAAACGCGAAUCGAUUAAAUGUGUUGAUGAAAUUGUUACCGAAUUUGAUCGGUUGGCAUUUAAGCGGGAUCAAUGUCCACGUGAGCACACUAAAUCUAACAAGAGAAUACCUAUUCUACGUUCUCAAAUCGACAAACCCACCCUGGAUGAUGAUGAUGUAUCCUCAACUGCAUCUUGGAGCACUGUAGGCUCAGUUGAAACUGUCAGCAACUUCUCAUGCCUUAGCAGUGGGACAGCACCAGUUAUUUUCGAAGAUGGAACAGUUAAAAAGCCUUGGCGUCUGCUGAGUCAUUCCAAACACUUGAGUUCAGGGCAUAACAUACCAAUAUCAAAUCAAAAUGGGACUGUAAAGAAUUUUCCCAGACCGAAAAAGCGUAAAGAAAAACUGCGUCGUGUUUAUCGUCAUUUAGAUGAACAUGAAAAAACAUAA